CAAUCGGCGCCGUUCCCCCCAAGCGACCGCACGGCGGGCACGCGUUCGCGGCGCUCCGGGCACCUGGACGGCAGCGCCGAGCGGCCCCCGCCGCGGCGCCGGCGCGUCAGAACCCCAUCUCCCAAGUCCCCGACCCAAGCGGGAGACGAGACGGGACGCAACGCAACCCCACCAACGCGAGCCGCCCGCGAAUAUUCGCGGCACCCCGACCGGCCGGGCGCGUCCGCCUGCCCGCGGCCCCCCGGCGGGCGCCUCCUCCAGUAUUAUUUUACAACCCGGUUCGCGGGCGCGAGGGGACGCGCGGGCGGCGGCGAGCGAGUUCCAGCCGGUCCUCUGCGGCGGUGGAGACUAGCGGCUCACGCCCGCAAGCGCACCACCCAACCCAAACCCCGCCCCACCACACUCCCGAGAAUAGGCGAGCGGCUCGGCUGGUCCACGAACCCAGGAACCCCGGCCUGCGCCGCGCGUCCGUCGGGGGUCCUCCCUAAAUCCGGCCACGCCCGCCGGGGAGGGGGGCAGAGAGGCGACGGUUGAUCAGUCAGUCCGGGAUGGAGGAUGGACCGGCCCCGGAUGAAUAACUAGUUCUACUAGGUUUCCUUGGGGUCGCCUGCCUUCCCCCUUCGUUGCUGUUGGUGAGUUCGAUCUGGUCGACGGAUUAGAGCAACUUCGCCCGGCGGCUGUUCGUCCGUCGCCCGUAUCGCCGCGCUGCCGCCCGUUGGAGGCCGGCCUCCAUCCCGUCCCCUUUGGUCUCUGUUGCUCGGCGGUCUUCUUCUCCGCGUGCUCUGCUUCUGCUUGCGGAGGAUUGAGUGAAGCCGGACCAUGGCUGAGGUAGAAGACACGGUGGGCGCGCCGCCAACGACGACGACGACGGAGUCCGAAGGCACCACCACAGACGACGAGCAUCUCUCGCCGACCUGCGCCUGCGGCGGCAGGGGCCGGCGCGGAGGCCGCAUCAAGAUCCUCUGCAGCUUCGGCGGCCGCAUCGUGCCCCGCCCGCACGACGGCGCGCUCAAGUACGUCGGCGGGGAGACCCGCGUCCUCGCAGUGCCCCGAUCCAUCCCCUUCCGCGAGAUGAAGAAGAAGGUCGAGGAGAUGUUCAAGACGGAAGUGGCGGCCAUCAAGUACCAGCUCCUCUCCCUCGCCGAGGACCUCGACGUGCUCGUCUCCGUCACCUGCGACGAGGACCUGGUCCACAUGCUGGAGGAGUACGACCGCUUCGAGGCCAAGCGGUCGCCGACCGCGUCCCCGCGCUUCCGCGUCUACAUCUUCGCGCCGCAGCCCGCCGCGCCGCUCCUGUCGGCCGCCGCGCCCGCCCGCCAAGCCGGCCUGUCGCGCCUCCACCCGCAGCAUCACCACCAGCACCACCACCAGCACCACCACUUCCAGCCGGAGCCCUACGUGGCCACCGUGCCCGUCUCGCCGGACGGGAGCCCGCCGUUCCCGGCCCAGCCGCACGGCGCCGUCUCCGCGGGCAACUCGCCGCGCGCCAACGCCGUGUACGGCGCGGAGCCGCCCGCCGUCUUCGGCCUCGGGAUGCAGCGCGUGCGUAGCUCGCCGAACCUCGGCGCCCUGGACGCUGCGGCGCAGCACCUGCACCAGCACGCGGCGGACGGCGGCGGCGGCGGCGGCGGCGGCCGCGUGCCGGGCUACGUGGGCGGCUCGCCGAGCCACGCCGGCGGCGCGGGCCACCACCUGCUGCACUCGAACAGCUUCCACCAGUACCAGCACCAGUACGCGCCGGCGCCGGCGCCCGCGCCCGCGCCGCACCACGCCGGGCGGUACGACGCGCGCGGGUACGUCCGGGUGGGCAACUACCUGGCGCCGAUGGCGCCUCCUUCCCGGCCGGUCUCGAGGGGAGGGCUGGCGCCGCACAGCGAGAUGGUCACGCCGAAGAAGUCUGCCAUUGUAUGGGACUGACCUGGCCGGAAGUUCGCCGGAGACCGGAGGGAGCCUGCUGUAUCGAUUUUUUUUUUGCAUCAGUACGAGGGGCAGUGAGAUGAGUGGUACGAUGUACACUUGAGAUGUAAAUAGACGGUCGGAUGGAUGAAUGCACGCGGCCUUGUUUUACCUGUU